AUGACGAAAUGCAAAACAAAUCAAGUCGAUCGGCAACCAAUGAAGAAAGAUCCGAAAUCGCACAAGAAGAAAACAAGUCAUCAUUCGUCAGUAGAUUCCGAUGACAGUUCGAUCGAGUUAACGAAAGAGCAAGUCAAAGCGGCAUUAACAUCUCUUGUACCCAUCGAUAAACAAAGUCGAACUGUAGCAUCUCGCAAACGACGUCGAAAACAGACGAUUGAACCAGAAAUGGAAAAGCCGCACAAGAAACACAAGCCAAUCUACCAUGAUAUCGUUUUAUCGAAUAUGAAUCAACCUGAAACGAUGGUACUUGCUGCAAGCGGAUUAACUCAUCAUCAGAUGAAGCAACUGAAGAAAUUUGUUUUACUUUUUAAUUGCCGUUUAUUAUUAUUAGAAAAUCAAUCGACAUUCAAUCAUGCAAUUACACAUUUAAUCACAGACGAAAUCGGACAAAUUGAUUCUUUAAUAUGUACAUUAACUAAAACAGUUGUCUUUGCCAUAGCUCAACAUUCUUUUAUUCUUUCUCAUCGCUGGAUAAGUGAAUGUUUGAAACAGAAUACGAUCGUCAGUGAAGAACAAUACGAAAUUGAAGGUGACCACCUGUUUGCAACCAAACAUAAUGGACCACGACGCUCACGUUUAUCAAAACGACCAUUACUACCAUUGAAUCAUUUCCUUAUGAUCAAAGGUGAUAGUCAUCAUUAUUUAGAAUUUACUAAUGCAGAAUUAGGUGAUCUGGCAUGGUUAGCCGGAGGAAUUUAUAUCGAACAAAAUCGUUUUCCUAAUACAGUGUUCUCUCGCCAAUGUUUUCUUUUAAUUGAAGAUGAAGAUAUAAGAAACAAAAAUAUGUUUCAUCGUUGUAUUGAUAAAGGUUUAAAAUUUCUUCGAAGUGAAUGGCUUAUUCGGUCCAUUGUAGAAUAUCGUAUGGCUGAUAUUGUUCAAUAUCACUGUGAUCCAUUUGAUAGUAUUGAUCGAUCGGAAUAG